CUGUCUCACUGUGUCGGGACCAACUCACUGGGCCCCGCUGGGCCUUGGAGGUCGGGGGGGCCCUGCAAGAUGAAGAGGGUCCGCACAGUCUUCAAACCAGAGCAGCUGGAGCGGCUGGAGCAGGAGUUCCUGAAGCAGCAGUACAUGGUGGGCACGGAGAGGGUGGACCUGGCUGCAACUCUGCAUCUCACAGAGACUCAGGUGAAAGUCUGGUUCCAGAACCGGAGGAUCAAGUGGAGGAAGCAGAGCAUGGAGCAGAAGGCAGCAAAGCUUUCACAGUUUGGGGUGAUCCAGCCUGCCAGUGCCGACUCCACGGACAGCAAGGAGCAGGAGGAGGACACCGUGGACGUGGAGCUUUGAGCAGCCGAGGAGAUUGGGCUGGUUUUUGAUGCCUGGGGAUGUGUCUGUGCUGCUUUGGUCCAAGCGAGACUCAUCUGAGAGCUGGAGCUACAGGACUAAACUGCAGCCAGCUGGAGGGAACCCCCCUGAAUUUCUUCGGCUGCUGUUUGGUAGCCCUGUGCUGUAACUCCUGGGGCUUCAUCACUUGAUGGCAGGUGAUCUCCUGUUUGCUCUUGAAGCACCAAGACACACAAAAAAAUUCCAGCAGAGAGACUGGGGUGACAAUCAGGGUAUCUCUGGUGUUGGGGUGACAAUCAGAGGGUGACUUUGAUGUUGGGGUGAUAAUCAGAGAGUCUCUGAUGCUGGGCAGACAAUCGGAUGCUGUCUCUGAUUGCUCUGAGCACAAGGGCAUUUAAAACCAGGGUCACAUAUGUUAUGUGUGGCAGUGUGCUCCAAGGAGUGAGGAGAAUCUCCCUGAUUGCUUUUCCUUAACUUGACUCCCGUGUUUGAUGCUCAGAGCAAUCACAACCAAAAACCCCCA